AUGGUAUCAGGAUACCUCGGCAGAAAGAGCUUCUCGACAUUAAUCAGUAGCACCAGGACGCCAUUGAGACUCUUAAAGCACAACACGCGGGUUUGGGGCACACAGUUCAGCUAUGCUGAGCAGUUCCGGUCUGUCACCUUGGCUGCCUCAAAUGCUCUGCCGCCCACCUCUGAGACUUCGUUCGAUGUGAUUGUCGUAGGAGGAGGACAUGCAGGUUCUGAGGCCUGUGCAGCCGCUGCAAGGACAGGUGCCAAGACAUUAUUGCUCACUCAAAAGCUAGAUACCAUCGGCGAAAUGUCAUGCAACCCUUCUUUCGGUGGCGUGGGCAAAGGAGUCCUCGUCAAGGAAAUCGACGCACUGGAUGGUCUCUGUGGCAGGAUUUCAGAUCUGGCAGGCGUUCAGUUCAGAAUCUUAAACAGAUCCAAGGGACCCGCAGUUCAUGGACCCCGUGCGCAGAUUGAUCGAAAGCUGUACAAGAAACAUAUGCAAAAGGCACUGCACGAAUACCCUAACUUGACCAUCAAGGCUGGUUCUGUCUCAGAUAUUGUACUUGGAGCAGAGAUUUUGCCACCUAUUCCGGGACAGAACAAUGUCCAGGCCGAGAUCAAGGGGAUCAAACUCGAAUCGGGCGAGGUCAUCCAUGCCCCCAAAGUGGUCAUCACAACAGGAACAUUCCUGCGCGGCGAAAUCCACAUUGGACUGGAGGCAUAUCCUGCAGGACGAAUUGGCGAGAACGCGUCCAUUGGCCUCUCUGAUUCACUUGCUCAAGCAGGCUUUGAGCUUUCUCGACUCAAGACUGGAACCCCUCCUCGACUGGACGGCAAGACCAUCGACUAUACAGAACUCAUACCUCAGUAUGGCGACAUAACCCCAUCACCCUUCUCCUACCUUCACAAAGAGGUCGCUAACGCUCACAACCAGUUGGUGUGCUAUCAAACCAGCACAAACCCAAAGACUCAUGAGAUUAUUCGUAAUAACCUACACAAAUCGAUUCAUAUUCGAGAGACUGUCAAAGGACCGCGAUACUGCCCCUCAAUCGAAUCCAAGAUCAUGAGGUUCGCCACAAAAGAGGCACACACGAUCUGGCUGGAGCCUGAGGGGUAUGACACAGAUGUGGUUUACCCGAAUGGCAUCUCGAUGACGCUUCCUGAGAAGGAGCAGAUCGAGAUGUUGAGGACGAUUAAAGGACUCGAGAAUGUGACGGUACUGCGAUGUGGAUAUGGCGUCGAGUACGAUUAUGUGGAUCCUCGGGAACUCAAGCGCACUCUGGAGACCCAUCGAAUCCGCGGACUUUACCUUGCAGGGCAAAUCAACGGAACGACAGGAUAUGAAGAGGCAGCAGCUCAGGGUAUCCUUGCAGGAAUCAAUGCCAGCUUGGCAGUACAGUCGAAAUCUCCGCUGAUCCUCACUCGUGCAGACGCUUACAUUGGUGUGCUCGUGGAUGACUUGAUCACAAAGGGAGUUGAGGAGCCGUACAGGAUUUUUACGUCGCGUUCAGAAUAUCGACUAACGUUGCGUGCGGAUAACGCGGAUCUGAGAUUAACGCGCAAGGGAUAUGAAGCUGGAUGUGUGUCGGAGUAUCGCUGGAAUGUGUACCAGCAGAUGGAGCGGGAUAUGAGCCGUGGAAUGCAGCUGAUGAACGAUUUCAAGCUGUCGCCGGUCAAGUGGGCCGAGUUUGGGUUUGGCAAGAGCGACGAUGGCAUCAAACGAAGUGCUAUUGAAAUACUCGCCUUCCCCAAUGUGAAGAUGGAGGACUUUUACGAGGCCAUUCCAGAGCUGAAGGAAAUCGGUCCAGUCGUUCAAGCAAAGAUUGCAGUCGAAGGCGCUUACUCGGUCUAUCUUCGCCGUCAGGGUGCAGAAGUUGUGGCAUUCAUGAGAGAUGAGUCGAUGGAGCUACCCUUAGACCUGGACUACUCUGCUAUUCCUAAUCUGUCGAAUGAGAAUCGGUCCAAGCUGGAGCGUCAACGUCCUGCAACCUUGGGAGCUGCAAAGCGCAUUGAGGGUAUGACACCGACGAGCAUACUGGAGCUGCUCAAGUAUGUCCAGAGGACCAAGCGGCCUUCGACGACGAUCACGGGCGAAGCGAUUCGAUCUGGGAGUCGGAAGGACCGCCUGCGACAGAAGAUGUUAGCGAAAGGGUUUUGA